CUCCUUUCUAACUCCAGAAUAUAUAUAAGCAUUACAUUUGAAAAGAAACUUAACUAACUAUACUGGUAUGGUCUCUAUUACUAUUGUUCUUCUGGUUCUGGCAGGGAGUUUCCUACAGUUGAAUGCUGAAAAUUGCAGAUCGCACAUCACUGCCCAACAAUGCCAAUACAUUGCGGAAAGAGAUAUUAUUGAGCAAGUUACCAAAGCGGGUGCGCAGACUGCUUGUGCAGACAUGGGCGGAGUUCUUCUACCUGAUAACAGUGACACUGGUCACAUCGCAAAUUAUAAAGAGUAUUUCGGGAUCGAAGGAGGUGUUGAAAUAUGCGGAGAAAUAUGGACGUCGUUAUCAUAUGAUAAUACAACUGGCAGUGUGAACGCUCCCAACGGCGAUUUUCUGGGAAUCGGCGAUUAUACCUGGGAAAGCGGCGAACCACCCGUUACUUCGGAACCGUGUCUGGCAGCAAAGAGACUAGGAAAUUACAAUUUUUCAUUGUUUCCGAAGAGCUGCACAGAGGAAAUUGGAUACGCGUGUGUCGUCUCAAAAGCCGCAUGUACUUGCAGCACGGAACAAACAUGCGUUCCAGUCUACAAGGCAACUUGUAGUCACACUUGUCUGGACAAAACCACGACAGUUCCCACGACAUCGGCGGUUACAAGUACUUUGACCUCAACUUCGGAUUCUCCUACCACUACCUCUGAGAAUCCGACCACCACGACUGAGACUCCAACUACUGCCUCAACGACAAUCACAUCGCCAACAAUAAACGAAAAACCCGGUACAUCAACUACAGUGGAAUCAACGUCUUCCAAAGACAUAAAAACUUCAGGUUCUCUCUCAACGGGCGCAAUAGUAGGAAUUGUUGGUUCUUUAACUGCUCUGAUUCUCGGAAUAAUCAUCGUUUUGGGGAUUAAAAAAUGUAGAGGACAGCACUCGAGACUCGGCUAAGCCUACCAACUAGCGUGAUGAGUUAUUACAGCCAUUCGGGCCACGGUUUACAAAUGUAAAGAUGAAAAAGUGGUGGACGGAGACAAAAAGAAAAUCGGAUACAAACUUUCGAAUUUUUCAAAAUCCGUAAAGUUAAAGUUGUACUAUUGUACAUAUAUAACUUACGCAUCCUUAUGAGGAAAGGCGUCAAGCCAGGGCCAUUGGACUUUACUGCUACUUCGGAAGGUGCUAUGAUGUUAUACAUUGUAUUAUGUCGACUCACAUUUUAUUGUGACGUAAUUUUUGUGCUAUUGCGUAAGGUUUUUGUGAAACUUUUUUUCGGUAUCCACAUUGGCAUGUCACCAAGGCAUAGAAGAGAUUGGGGUACUCCCGUAGUAUGUGUACUAUGUUAGGGCUAGGCAAUAAUUUUAUUUCGAUUUUUCUUAUUUAGGUUCUAUUACGAGUUCGAUGGCUGUCUGUGGUAGCCAAGUGAAUAUACCCCUGCCCAUAGGUUUCAGUCUUUUUACGCAACUUGAUGUAAAGUAGGCGAACAAAAUUGGUUACCUUCAUAUUGGUACACACACUUCUGGAGCGCCGAGAUUGGAGCCUAAAACCUAACCAUGUUGGAAUGUGAAUAACUCGGGGCAUCGGGGUUUUCCUUUAUCAUUAAUUGUUUAAAAAUCUUUGUGCGAUAUAGCUAUCAUAAACAUUAGAUACAACGAUAUUCAUCCGCUACAAAACUAUUUCCUUUGUUCCGUGUGUAAUGAGAUAUCCCAUUGACGUCAUCAGACUAAUGUAUUAAUUGAGGUCUCAAUUACACGAAACCGUUUGAAUCGGGCAAUUCUUUUUAUUUUUCACUGAUUGCUAUUUGCACUUAGUGACGCCAUUUAACUCAUUUGCACUUAAUAGUUUUUCCUAUUCAUUUCUGAUUGACCCUUCAUUAUUUGCUUUGCACUUCCCAAAUAAGACUCUAAAAAUCAUAGUGAUCUUGCUUGUCAAUGGCCACACUGUGCUAUGGCCACUCACCCUUUUAAACUGACUGCCCUAAAUAUGCCAGCUAACGAAAUAAUUAACGUUACUUUAUAUGCUUUUACAUAAGUCAUUAUAAAACUUAUUUUGAAGAUCUAAAAAAUACCAAAGUGCUCUCCGUCCUGUUACCCUUCGACAUUCUGCCAUUUAAAAGUCUCAUAAACGGCCUUUUGUUAUACUGACUGCCCUAAAUUAAUAACAACGGUUAAUCCGUAUGCUUGCGUGUAAGCUAUUAGAAAACUUGCUAGAAGUACCCCAGAAAAUACCAAAGUGUUUGCUUUUGUUUAUUCUCGAACACGCCAUACUAUGCUAUGAUUGUCGUAAAUGUCCCUUUUCCAUACCGACUGCCUUCAAUAUGUCAGUUCGUGAAAUCAUCGCUCGAUUUUAUAGUAAUCACAAUUAAAAAAAUUUUUACAUUGUUUAUUAAUUAGUUCCAUAUGUCCUUGUAGUUUUCUAUUAUCAUACAAAAUGUUUUAUUUAAACUUACAAUUGUCAUUACUAUAAAAUUGAGCGAAUUGU